GUCACGACCCCAGUUUACUAUGUCAAUGAUAAGCCUCACAUUGGCCAUGUCUACACUUCAACAGUUGCAGACGUUUACGCACGUUUGCAACGAAACAUGGGCAAAGAUGUAUUCUUUCUCACCGGUACAGACGAACAUGGCUUGAAGGUAGAACAAUCAGCUGAGAAACGUGGCAUUGGUACACAGCAACUUGCUGAUGAAAACUCUGCUUUGUUUAGAGAGGUGAUGGAUGAUAUGAACAUUUCGUACACCUCAUUCAUCCGCACAACGGAUACGUCUCAUCAAGUCCAGGUCCAACGUCUCGUCGAAAUUUUACUUCAGAAAGGCUUUAUAUACCUAGGAAAAUUCGAAGGCUGGUAUGACGAGGGACAAGAGGAAUACUACACGGCCAAAGAAAUUGGUUACAAAUCCCUAAUAAGUGGGAAGGAUCUGACACGUUCAAGCGAGGAGAACUACUAUUUCAAGCUUUCUGCGUUUCAAGAACAACUGCUGAGAUUUCAUGAGGACAACCCCUAUUUCUUGACACCGCCUGCACGUCGAAAUGAAAUCAUUAACCGACUUCAGGAAGGCCUGAAUGACAUACCCGUCAGCCGCACCAAUUUCACAUGGGGCAUUACGAUGCCCGGGGAUGAUAGUCACGUAAUUUAUGUUUGGAUCGAUGCUCUGCUGAACUACAUCACCGCACUUAAUCUUGCAGAAGGGCUCGGAAAAGAUGCCGAUGAAUCAAUUUGCCAUUCAGAAGAGGGUUUGAAGGACUUUUGGCCCGCCUCGUUGCAUGUCAUGGCCAAAGAAAUCAGCUGGUUUCAUGCUGUCAUUUGGCCCGCGCUUCUUUUGGCACUUGAACUGCCGUUGCCUGAGCGUGUUCACGCACAUGGUUUCUGGAUUCGCGAAGGGAAAAAAAUGAGCAAAUCUCUCGGUAAUUUUGUCGACCUUGAAGUGAUGAAAAGGUUUUCGGAUCAUUAUGGUUUAGACGGGUUGAGGUAUUACCUCCUUACAGAGGGUCCUGUAGGCUCACAGGACGCUAAUUUUUCGGCAGGUCGCGUGCACGAGGUGUACAGCACAGAUCUGGCUAAUACCUUGGGAAACUCUCUGAGUCGCACGACCGCCAUGAUAAAUAAAUAUUACAGCGAAGGGGGCCUUCCCUCGGAAAUAAGCUCAGCAGGAAAUCGGAUUACUUGGGAGCGAUUCGAUUGGCCAACGCUCACAGCGGAAGCUGCAGCAGAUGUCGUGCGACAUGUAGAAGCUCUGGAGCUCCCAAAGGCAACGAAUGCAGCUAUCGGUCUGGUGGCGAGGGUCGACCUCUUCAUCUCUGAAACAGAGCCUUUUCGAAUGGCGAAAGAUGAGUCGAAGGCCGAGGAGUUGGGAGCUGUGUUGUACCAAUGUCUUGAGGCCCUGCGAAUCGCAUGCGUGUUAUUGGAACCAUUUCUUCCCCAAAAGAUAGACGAAGUUGGUAAACACAUGGAUCUCGGUAAUGGUAAUUUCAAAGAAAGGGUGAGGUGGGGAAGUUUGAAGCCCGGAUCCAAGGUGA